UCUCUCUCUCUCUCUUCUCCCUGUUUUAUUCCUCUGGCUGAAGCAGUGGUGUACACCUACCCCUCGUCCUGCUGCCGACCAGAGGGGAGUGUAGCCGGCAGAGGCAGGUAGCAGCAGCCCCGGCUUGGUGGACGCAUCCGUCGCAUUCCUCCACCAUGCCGGACCGGGGCAAGAGGCGACGAGUGGAUGCUGUCGGCUCAUUCAACCUAUUAGACACCGGCAGCUCCAUUUAACUCCGCAUGUCAAAGUUUACAUUUUCAUGACGCAGCAGUGUGGAUGGAUUAAAGGUAUGAGCAGGAUGUCUUGAGCUCGCGACCCCAUGCCAUUUUCUGGUAAAUCCAUAACAGCCUAUACUGAGAGUGACUACAUGGAUUAAUACAUUGGAGCGGAUAUAUAAAACAUGGGAGACCUGGAGAGUGGUUUUGAGGAAAUGCAAGGAGUGAGAUUGGGAUACCUGCUCAUCAAAGGCAAGCAAAUGUUUGCUUUGUCUCAGGUCUUCACCGACCUGCUGAAGAACAUCCCUCGGACCACGGUGCACAAGCGCAUGGACCACCUGAAAGUAAAGAAGCACCACUGCGACCUGGAGGAGCUGCGGAAGCUCAAAGCAAUAAACUCUAUAGCUUUUCAUGCCGCUAAAUGCACUCUCAUAUCGCGGGAGGACGUGGAGGCUCUGUAUUUCUCCUGCAAGACUGAGCGGGUGUUGAAGUCCAACAAAAGAAAAGCGAAAGCGGUGUGUUCCCCCGGGGAUGUUGAUGCGUCCUCGGGGCUCCUCCGUGCCGACGCCGAGCUGUGGAAGGAAAAAGUUUGGUUUAGUUUGCACGGUGUCCCGGAGACUCUUACACUUCACAACAAAACGGGCAGGCGGAGAGAGCUGACUCCUUGCCUUACCGACUCCAAACUACCUCAAUUUUACCACAAAUCUCACGGACGGGAGUACCGUUCAGCGACUAAGUCCAGUCACAAACACUUUAAAAACUAUGAAACAGCAAAAAUAACAGGGAACCGCGUUACUUUGAGCCAAAGGCACUCGUUUUUCCGGAGCGCGGUGAGCCGGCAGCCGGUGGUGCUUCAGUCCGCCAUAGCAGCUCAGUCCAGGCUCUCGCGCUCAGCCGGCGACCUACUUCACAAAAGGAAGAGGAGGCGCGAGGGGGGCGGCGGCAGGGACAGCGCGAGGCACUCGUGGAGCAGAAGCAGACACGCGCACCACCACGCACCACCGGUGCUGCUGGUACAACCCAAAUCAUCCGGUAGCCACGGGAACUCUUAUGGCGCUUUCCACCUCGGUCCGGAUUUCUAUCUUGACCCUAGACCUCACCACCAUCAUCACCACCAGCAUCACCAUCAUCAUCAUCACCACCACCACGAACCGACUUUCCCGGAGAGUUAUAGCAGUGACACUGAGUCCAGCACCUACUCGGACCGGGUGUACCCCGACUCGGACUUUGGGUCCGGCUUCUCCACCACCAGCAACUCCGGGAGCUCAGAGGAGGAAGAGGAGGGCGAGGAUGAAGAUGACACGCAGUCAGAGAGUUCAGAGGUCAGCUCAGAGGAGGAAGAGAGCUCCUCUCAGUCCGACUCCAGCUCAGUUUCAAGCCGUGUUUCUGUCCAGAGCAUCCGGUUCAGACGGGCCCGGGUGGGUUCUCUCGCCAAAAGUCUCAGCACUAGUAAAGCACCUUUGGUCCUGCAGCCCACAUUUCACUACAACAACCAGCCACAACAAGAGAAACAACACAGGACACUGUGCCAUGUUGCCACUUCACAGGCAGGGGACAGUAGACAGGAGAGACAGCAAAAAUGUGAAUUUAUUUGUAGUGAAACUAGAAAAGACGUGGGACCCUUACAGCCACCAAAAUUUAACUCAACUGUAGUGGGGGAGAGCUUUUUCACUGAGUCCAAAAGGGAGAGGGCAUCUGAGGCUGAUCCACGCAGGGCUGACCCUGUGGUUGAGCUGAACUCUUAUUCACUGGGACUCAACCGGAGCAAGGCCUUUCACCCCACACGCAGGACAUCGGGGUAUCCCACCAAAUACCCCCCGGGACUGAGCUCGCAGUGUGACCAGGACAAAGACGCCAAGCUCACAAAAUGUACCGAUAAAAGGGAGGCAAAAGCCAUCAGCCUGAAACUGCUCACUCCACUGAAAAAAAUUAAAACAGAGGCGGAGGAGCCCUGUGUGACCGCCGCUCCCCACUCGGACAGCGGCAGGACAGCCAGGACACCUCCCUUCAACCUCCACAAUGUGAAAAUUAAAGUGGAGGAAAGCUGUGAUGAAUAUGAAUACCAGCACCAGGCCACUGUAGUCAAGUGUAAAGGAGAUAAGUCAGAGAGCAGCAAUGGCCAAUAUCCCAGCGGAGUCAUCAAACAAGGGGACUUUUUCAACAUCGGGAUUAAAGCCACAGAGAAGAGCCCUGACGUGGCCCCCAGGUCCCCGUGUGGUCCUCAGGAAUGCAGGAGCACCCAGGACACCCCAUGUAUCGAGGAAGGGGAGCACAGGAACAAAAACUACAGGGCUCCAGCGCUGGGGAAUAAGAAACCCCGAGUUUCCAGGACUCAAACAAAACAAAACGUGCCCAGGGUCAACAAGCCUGCCUCUUCAUCCUCCUCUUCAUCCUCUUCUUCUUGUUCUUGUUCUUCUUCUUCUUCUUCUCGUCCCGUGGGCUGCGAGGAGACAUCCACGGAGGAUUUACCGAGCAGACGCAAACGCAGCAGCGCCAGCACUGUAGUAUCGCCUGCAAAAAUGCUUUUCAGCCUGAUGGCAAAUUUCCCAUCGCCGCCGUCGCUGGUUGUUGGCAGCGACGGGGAUUUGUGCCCUGCUUACUCCCUGAACUCACUGAGGGGCCCCGGGCCUCCCCCUCCGUCCCACCCCGUGUGGAGGUGGCAGCCAGGCGGCCAGAUUCUCCCUCCCCCACACGCUCAGAAAACUAGGAAAUACUGAGCUGGUUUUUAAAGCAGAACAACAAAAAACCCCACGGUGUCCAUCUCCAACAUAAGUGUAGCCUGAGUCUUAACGUGAAUCCACCAAAUUGCUCCAAACUUUAUCGGUGUGUUUUUUUUUCGUCCCCCCUUUUUUUUUUCUGUGAAUGGAUUUACAUUCCGUCUUGUUUUAAAGUUUGAUCGAGGAAAACCUACAAGAUCCCCCCUUUGGAGCCUCAGAAAACGCCCACAGGACUGUGAGACACCGCUCGUGGAUUUAUGCUUAAAAACUUGUGUUUUUAAAAUAAGCUAUCAAUCCUAAGCAAUAUGUUAGGUUCUCAUUAUUGUGUUUACUUGAUUUUUGUUUUUCUCAACUCGACUGUUUCUUCUUCGCUUUUCUAUGCUCGACCUGUUGGAUUGUAUAUGGUGCCAGGGUUUCAGUGGUUUGUGCUUUUGUCUGAAAGAAGAAAGGGGGUAAAAAAAAAAAAAAAAAAAGAAAUCACAGCAUUCCUUGGGAUGAGGCUACUCUUCAUCUAGCUGGAACUGAGAGGAAGUUUGACUUGGUAAAUCCCAAAAAAAAAAAAAAAAAAAAAUGUCAGGGUUCCCAUUCUGUGCCACUGGGCACAUUUUAUAUAUCAAAGCUGUGUUUUCUUUCACGACUGCUUGGCCACACUGGCCCUUGUGUCCAAGUGUUUAGAAUGAUUAAAAUGGGUUUAUUAAUGUCUAUCUAUACAUGCUCACAGUUAAGCCUUUAUUAGAUUUGACAGGAAUUUAUUCCUGGUGGUUGUGGGUUUUUUUUAGAGUGCUUGUGAUCUGGUUUUCAGUCUUGUUUUUCCUUCUGCGGAGUAUUUCCUGGUUUGCAAAUGUGUGUGAUUGUGCACAGACGCAGGCCCAGACACAACACAGGCCUUAUGUACAGACAAUCAAAAAGAAUAAGGCUCAGACCUUCAUAGCACGUUAGGUCCCACGACAGACUCGAUUCGUGUCCCUUCAGGUCCACGUGGCCACCGAUUUCCUCUGCACAUCAUAUUUGUGCCAGAGGAAGGAGUCUGUAUUUGCGUUCAGAGCACGAACGUAAGUCAGGAAAAUGUAAAACACAGACAUAUUGACAAUGUCCAAGAUAGGCUGCCAGUGGGAUGUGAAUCAGGAGUCACCGUGGGGGGAAACAGCACCAAAACAGCGUGAAACACCUUCUAGCUACACUGGCUACCCAGAAACAAUGCGACAAAGCACAAGUGAUAGGCUUAAAUGCAUUGCACUUUGAUACUGUUGGGGGUCUCGUUUCAGCUUUAGGGUUUUCUGACGAGCCUGUGAAAUGAUGUCAGAGAGAUGCUGAUAGAAAAAAAAAAAACAGACUCAAGAUGAGACAGUUUAAUUUGGAUGUAAACAAAAAGGCCAAACUCCAUUCGUUUUCCUGCUCUUUGAUAUGUACUAUAUUUAGGAUUUAUCCAUGUGCGUUUCUAAACAUACCCUGAUGGGUUUCUGGUUUCCUAUAAUUUAAUAAUAUGCUAAUUUCCUGAAGCCAAUGUUGUUCAUUAUUCUAUUUUUAGUUGAAGUCAAUUGUCAUGAUCAGAGCUGGAAAAACGUCUUUUAUUUCCUAUUAUUGGCUGAGACACCCAAAAUACAAUUAGCUUUUUAUUUUAAAAAAAAUAUCGCUUUCCUUCUGUCAAAUAGAUCACUAUCUCACAUUGCAUUAAUGUAGCCUUUUGAAUAUGGCCGCUCAGUGAAUGUAGUACCCCAGGUAGAUUUCAUACAUUUAGUUGUAGCUCCUCUGACUUCAUCGUGAAUGAAAGAGGAGUAAAUCAAGUGGUGGAAGCUGCACCUACAUGUUUGGAUUUUAAGGAAAUGUGUAGAUGUUUUUAAUGGCAGUGCAGGACGCGCUCUGCUAAUUGGCAGGCUUUUCUGUCGGCGACAAAGAGAGGCCCAGCUUAUGGCGAGCCAGAUCACAACAAACCCAAAGCCCGUGAAUGAUGUCAGCCUCCUCACAAGCACAGCAAAGGGUGCAUUCAUUCAGAGGAUUGUAGAAACUAUUUAAUGGGUGAUUGUAAAAAGAGGAAAAAAUGUACAAAAAAAGCGAGUUUCACUCUGCCUAAAUCAGUGUGGAUACAUAUGGUAGAUGUUUAGCCAUGUUAUUAAAGCACCACUUUGCAGCCAUGAAGCCCCAACUCACCAUGGGCCUUAUUUCUGAGGCUGGAGCAACAAUUCAAACUUGAACUUAUUCUCAGCCUGUAAACCGGCUAUUUCUGAAGCUAUGACACAAGCUGGUGUAUGAGCAGGCUAGCAGUAAAAAAAAAAAACGGAGGGGGUUGCACAGGGUUGAGGGGAGGGGGGUGUCGCUGUGUUGCAAGAGCGAAGCUUUCAACCUUUAAUCCGCAUGUCAAAAGCAUAGGCUGCACGGCAUAGGAAGAAGAGGAAUAGCCUGUGCCCAAAGCUGUGCGGGUUUUGCCCCCCUGACGCACCAGCCUAUUCUCACGCAGUGCUCACAAUGCACGGCUGAGGGACGGGGAUGGUGGUAAUGGCCUGUUGGGAGGGCCUUUCCACCAUUAAGACAAAUAGCUCUCUGACAGUGACGCUAUCAAUGUAAACAAUUGCAUCGCGCAGCAGCUAGAGGCUGCAUGCUCUCUCCCCCAUCCUCCUCUUCCCCACUACCCUGCCCUCCUCAUUCACUCAUUUACUUCGCUGUUUUGAUACAAUACUUGAGGUCAGGUUUUUGACAUGGAAUUUGAAGUCACUGGUUGUUUAUAUGAGACUGAAUAUUUAUUUUUGUGAAUUUUCUGGGGUUUCUUGUAUAUUAAUUUUUUUUGUUGUGAAUAUAUAUAUAGUACAGCUGCACUCGAAAUGGAAACUUGAACGGUGGAUUUCUGAAGCACUUUCCCUUUCUUUUUUUAAUUAUGAAGCAUUCAUUAAACGCGACUGAGUGUAA